CUUCUGGAGGUAAAUCUGCAGAAUGGCAUUUUGUUUGUGAAUUCUCGGAUCGACCGGGAGGAGCUGUGCGGGCGGAGCGCGGAGUGUAGAAUCCAUUUGGAGGUGAUCGUGGACCGGCCGCUACAGGUUUUCCAUGUGGAGGUGGAGGUGAGGGACAUUAACGACAACCCUCCGAUGUUCUCUGUAGCAGAACAAAAGAUCUUGGUACCUGAAUCUAGACUGCUUGAUUCUCGAUUUCCACUAGAAGGCGCAUCUGAUGCAGAUGUCGGCGAGAACGCGAUGCUUACUUACAAACUCAGUUCAAAUGAUUUUUUUAUCCUUGAUAUUGUAAACAAAAAAGGCAAAGGCGAGUUCCCAGUGCUUGUUCUUCGAAAACUGAUAGAUCGGGAGGAAAUUCCUCAGCUGAAGUUGUCACUGACAGCAACGGAUGGAGGCAAACCCGAGCUUACGGGAUCGGUUUCUCUGUUGAUCCAGGUCUUGGAUGCUAACGAUAAUGCUCCUGUGUUUGACAGAUCUGUUUACGAAGUUAAGAUGUCUGAGAAUCAAGAGAAUCAAACGUUAGUGAUAUGGCUGAAUGCUACCGACACAGAUGAAGGAAUGAACAAGGAAGUGGAGUAUUCAUUUAGCUCUCUGACCUCAUCUAGCAUAAGAAAGAAAUUUCUAAUAAACGAAAAAACUGGAGAGAUAAAAGUAAAUGGUGCUAUUGACUUUGAGGAUAGGAACAAUUAUGAAAUUCACGUGGAUGCUACCGAUAAAGGACAUCCACCUAUGGUUGCUCACUGCACUGUACUUGUGGAAAUCCUGGAUGAAAAUGAUAAUGCACCAGAAAUAGUUCUUACUUCUUUGUCUCUCCCGGUGAAAGAAGACGCUCUUUUGGGUACUGUCAUCGCCCUGAUCAGCGUGUCAGACCAAGACUCUGGAGUCAAUGGGCAUGUGACCUGCUCCCUGACCCCUCAUGUCCCAUUCAAGCUGGUGUCCACCUUCAAGAAUUACUAUUCGCUUGUGCUGGACAACACUCUGGACCGAGAGACUGUAGAUAACUAUGAUGUGGUGGUGACCGCCCGGGACGGCGGCUCGCCCUCGCUGUGGGCCACAGCCAGCGUGUCCGUGGAGGUGGCUGACGUCAACGACAACGCACCCGCGUUCGCGCAGCCCGAAUACACGGUGUUCGUGAAGGAGAACAACCCGCCUGGCGCGCACAUCUUCACGGUGUCGGCCAUGGACGCUGACGCGCAGGAGAACGCGCUGGUGUCCUACUCGCUGGUGGAGAGGAGGGUGGGCGAGCGCUUGCUGUCCAGCUAUGUGUCUGU